AUGCGUCCGCAGCCAUCGAAGAACUACAACGCGACGCAUCGCUUUCGAGUACAUACUUGGGAGGGUGAUAAUCCGUCGUUGCUCGAGACGAGUGACGUUGGCUACAAGAGUCCGCCACUCUAUGGAUCACGAGUUACGAGGGGGCUGGAUGAUCACAAGAUGCGCGAGCCUAUGUCGUUGUGCCCUGAAGUACUGAAAUCAGUUGUGCAUUGGGACUACGGUCUGUGGAAGGCUUGUAUUGAGUCUAGAUGGGUCAUUAGCCGGCGUUUUCGAUGGAAAUACUGGGAAGAAAUGAAGAAGAGCGUCUUGAAGGACUUGCAAACAGUACCAAAAGAGAUUCGCGAGCCGUUCACUAUGGAGGCCGCGUGGCAGAAUGAAGAUCUGUUGAUGCAGAACGGCUAUCCGGAACGUCAUAGUAAAUGGUACAAGGACUUCGCAUCGGUAGUCAGCAUAGAUGGCAUGUACAACAACAUUGUUGCGAUCCACCCAGCGAGAGAUCUCUUCAUCAUGGAGGAUGAACGAUGGAUGCAUGAACUAGCACGACAACUUACAGACACAGAACAAGAAGACAAAGCGGUUCAGCUCUUUCGCGAAAAUGCCAUCUCCCCGACAAGCGACGGCUCCCCCAUACUGGGAAAUAUCGGCUUCGUAUUCGACAUAUCCUGGUCCAAUGGCAUCACGCGACUCGACAACCCGCCCAUGAGGCUGACGGAAGCAAAGACCAAGAAUAACCCGAGGGGCCUUUUCCUGCUGCUGCUGCACCUCACCGUCGUGCGGAUAAUAGGAGGAGUGCGACUUUGGCUUAUCGAUGAGACGUUCGACCCGUGCCGCACACGCAAGACGGAAAAGGAUGCCGAAAAGGAGGUGGAGGAGGAGAAGAGGGAUCGAAAGGUGUUCUACCGCUAUGGGAAGGAGGAUUUGGUCGAGGUUGAUGUCAAGCCGAAUGUGAUGCGGGUGCUGAUCGACAACGCGAGCUGUAUUCUUGCUACUUCGUGCGGAUUUCUUGAAUACCUCAGUCGCGAUCCCAUUGCUGGCAAUUCUGCGUUCAACCCAGAUCCUAGAGCGAAGCCCCUCAAUAUUUGGUCCUGUGUUGGUGUUCUUGUACCGAGGUCGAGGACCCUUAUGGAGUGA